UUCCAAAAGGAAAGGUAGUUCAAACGCCCGCUCGGUAGUCCCUCCUUAGUCCUUGGCAUCAGUACUCGGCCAUCAUCACAGAGAAACAAGUCAAUUCAGAAAAAAAAGAAGGAAUUUUCCAAACAUGUAUUCUUUAAUGCUGCUUUUCGUCUUAGCGACCAGCGCUUUUGCCCAGCAUCAAAAAGUAAUGGUGGAAGUUUUCUAUGAGUCUCUAUGCCCUGACAGCAAAACAUUUGUGACUGAACAGUUAGCUCCAACGUGGAAAAAUACUGAACUCCAGAGUUAUCUCAACGUCAGUUUGGUACCAUAUGGAAAAUCAAAAACUUCUGGAGUCUCACCGAAUUUUACUUUCGAGUGCCACCACGGAGCCGGUGAAUGUCUCGGAAACAAAUACCAUGCCUGUGCUAUUAAAAAAGUAGGCGAUCUUACAAAAGUUGUACCCUAUGUUAGUUGUUUCAUGUUAAACUCUCCCAGUGGCACAACCAAUUUCACAGAGGUCAACAAAAAAUGUGGUAAAGAAGCAGGUCUGACAGAUGAAGUUGUUAAUACCCUUGAGCAGUGCAGUAAUUCUACUGAUGGAUCAAUGUUCUUAGAGGAAUUUGGAAAUAUGACAAUGAAGUUUGAAAAUCCUCUCACAUCAGUUCCAACAGUCCGUGUCGAUGGAACUAAAAUCACUGAGUUGAACAAUCUCAAGGGCAAGGUGUGUGAAAAACUCGCCAAGCAAAAUCUGGCGACAUGUACAUCGAAGAGCGAUGCACCAGUGCAUUCGGCAAUGUCUGCAAUCAUUUUAGUCUUCGCUGUAGUUUUGACAAGACUGUAAAGUAAGCGCGUGUUACAUCGCUUCCAUUGGAAAAAUUUUAAAAAUAUCAAUUAAAAAAAAAAAAUUGUAUUGUUUAGGAGGAUAACCAAAUCUUAUAAAUGUAAUGAAUUUACUGUAAAAACAAAUCAUUGUUUCCCGUACGUUUUCAUUCAGAACAUAAAUUAUUGUUUUUAUUCAUGAAAAAAAUGUUGUGUUAAAAAAAGGUGAUAUUCUGAGUACUUAAAUGUUUCAUUCCAUUUUUAAUUAUAUUUAAUGUGUAAUAAAUGAUAGCCACGAAAUUAAACAAAUAAUAAUGUAGUGUUA